AUGCAUCGAUUUAUUUCGCGUUAUUCAGAAAUUUCAAAAACUUUGAUAGAAAUUAAAGACCCAAUCGUAUCCGCAAAAAAUCGUACUUUACAACUUUCAAAAGCAUUUUCAAAUAUGCCUCCUAUUGCAAAAAGUAACCAUUAUGAUUACCUCGUUAUUGGUGGAGGUAGUGGUGGUUUAGCUUCGGCCAGGCGCGCCAGUUCUUAUGGUGCUAAGGUUGGCAUUAUAGAAUCGAGUGGUCGGUUAGGUGGAACUUGUGUUAACGUCGGUUGUGUUCCUAAAAAGGUCAUGUUCAAUACUGCUUCUGUUGCUGAGGCUUUGCAUGAUGCGCAGCAGUAUGGCUUUGAUCUAACAUCGAUUCCCAAAUUCAAUUGGGGCUUCCUUAAGCAAAAACGCGAUGCAUACAUUAAGCGUCUAAAUAAUAUUUAUCUUAAUAAUCUUGUCAAAGAUGAUGUCGAAUAUAUUGAAGGAAAGGCAAGUUUCGUAUCCAAAAAUAAGUUAAGAGUAGAACGCGAUGGACAGGUUGAGGAAAUAGAAGCGAAAAGAAUUCUAAUUGCUACUGGUAGUCGCCCUCGCUUACCCCAUAAAAUCCCUGGUUUCGAAUUGGGCAUUACGAGCGAUGGUUUCUUUGAGCUUGAAGAACAGCCUAAAAAAGUUCUUGUCGUUGGUACAGGAUACAUUGGAAUUGAACUUGCUGGAAUAUUCAACACUUUAGGAACGAAUACAUAUUUAUUUACUCGUUCGGAUGAAAUUUUGCGUACAUUUGAUCCAAUUAUCAAAGAUACGCUUCUUGAACAGUCAAAAAAGGAGGGAAUACACGUUCUAUCGUGUGCUCAAGUAAAUUCUUUAUCACGUGACUCGCCCUCUGGUCCUAUAAAAGUUAAUUUUACUUCAAAAGAAACAAACGAUGCAGUAGAAGAAUUUGAUACUGUUCUAUGGGCGAUUGGAAGGAUUCCGAAUGUUGAAGAGUUAAAUUUGGAAAAUAUCGGCGUCAAACUAAAUGAGAAAGGGUAUAUCAUUAGUGAUGAAUAUCAAAAUACUACUGCCGAAGAAAUUUAUGCUUUGGGUGACGUCUGUGGUGUGGCGCAGUUAACACCUGUUGCUAUUGCUGCUGGGAGACGUUUAUCUGAUCGUGUUUUUGGUCCUCCAAAGUUCAAAUCCAGUAAACUUGAUUAUGACAACAUUCCAACAGUCGUAUUUCAUGGUACUUGUGGUAGUGUUGGUUUGACAGAGCCUGAAGCACGAAAAAAGUUUGGAGAUGAAAAUGUCAAAUCCUACACUUCUAAAUUCGUAAACAUGUACUAUGCUAUGACUGAACAAAAGCCCGCAACAGCAUAUAAACUUGUCGUAGUAGGUGAAGAAGAAAAGGUUGUCGGUGUUCACCUUGUUGGAAAAGACUCUGCUGAAAUUUUGCAAGGGUUUGCGGUUGCUGUUAAAAUGGGUGCUACGAAAGCAGAUUUUGAUAGUACUGUUGCGAUACACCCUACUGCUGGAGAAGAAUUGGUAACGAUGAAAUGA